CUGAUUCUUAAACUCGACGAUUCCCUCAACGCUGCUUCAAAGGCCAUAAAGCGAAGAAACAAGCUCAUCAGAAUAGCGGAUAAAUCGGAAGCUGGCUGGGCCGCAGUUGACGGGUAUCUUUCUGACGAAGUCACUUCUGGUUCUGAAGACGGAAAGAAGGUCCGUGCUGCUGAGCAGAGAGCGUUGCGAAAGAAGAAGAACGCUCGCAGUGCGAAGUCGGGACAGAAGCUGAGUAUUUUAUCUGUUACUUUUAUUCGUUUACUUUGCCCGUUCUUUAUUUUCUUUAGCGUUUAGGAGGUCGUAUUAUAGCACUGCCGACCUAUUCCUCCUAUACAAUAAAUUCAUUAUUGUGUAUUUGCUUGUGUGUGUUUCAUUAUUACCGAGUUUAGAGCAUAAAUAAGUUAUUUUCGGUACGCAGUUUAGAAAAUAAAUGUAUUUAUGCUCGGUGCGUUGGGAAUUAUGCGUGCGAGUGGAGGUUACGUAAUGCGUACCGCAUUCAGGCGUGUUCAUCACGCUUAUUGUUGGGUUGUGUUUAAAUAGGUUCACCACGUGUUGUGCUCUCACUUUAGGUCAUUUCAGUGGCUAUAAUCGACCGUCACUUAGUUUCCUCUUUCUUCCUUUUUUCUUUACAGGUCAUUCAGCGUCCAGAGACUUCCUCGGGGUUUUCAUCGGCUGUCUCCUCUAUCACUCCAAGAAAUUUUACUAAUUUUCGUCCUCAAAUGUCAAGGGCGCCUUUGUUAAAGGCCGUUAUGACAUCUGCUUCGCCUGCGGCAAGACCGGCCAUUGGAGAGCAAGUUGCCCCAACUUAUUCUUCACUGCCGGAUCAACCUACAAACAGAUCCAAAGUUUGUCAAGUAAAGACAGCGGUUCUUCUGGGCAGCAGUAGUUCCAUUGCUGAUAGUAAAGCAGUAGAAGAGACUCUUGAAGGUAUUUUUGACGAAGGUCAAGCUUUAGAGGAGUGUUUUGAAUUUGAGAAUUCUCCCAAUAGUAUUCUAUCGGUUAAGGGUAGGCUUAAAGCUCAUUUUAGUUUUUGGGCGGACGCGUAAGGUGCAAAUGAUUUCAUUCUCCAGGUUAUUGACAAGAGGUAUGCCAUACCCUUUAUUACAUUUCCUUAGAAUGCGCUUUUUUUUUUUUACAAUAACCAUUCAGCACUUAUGCACGCUGAUUUUGUUCUGAAGGCUAUCCAAGAGCUUAUUUUGUCAGGUUCAGUUGUUCAAGUAUCUAGUCCUCCUCAUGUUGUCAAUCCCUUGUCUGUUUCCAUACAGAGUUGCGGCAAGAAGAGGUUGUUUUUAGACCUCAGGCAUGUCAAUAAACAUAUUUGUAAAGAAAAGUUUAAGUUUGAAGAUAUUAGAAACGCUUGUGUUUAUCUUCCUUCUGAUCAUUUCAUGUGUAAAUUUGAUCUCAAUCUGGUUACCACCAUAUUGAUAUUUUGCAGUAACGUCAAACUUUUUUAGGGUUUUCUUGGGUUGGUAGCCGUUCAUACUAUUUUCAUUCCUUCAGUUAGGAUUCUCAGUGUCGUACAGGUUAUUGAUUCAAUUCGUUCUCAGUAUCCAUCUAGUACCGCUAGAAAAUUGGCUCAGUUUGUCGGUAAGAUUAUCUCAAUGGGUUUCGUCUUUGGAUACAUUACUCGUAUUAUGACAAGGUAUUCUCAUUUUGAUAUUUUAAGAAGCCCUACAUGGGACGGGAAAAAAUUUCCCUGUCGGUUUCAACUCUGAAUGAAUUAUGUUUUUGGAAAGAGAACAUUCCUUUCCUAAACAGUAGGCGCCUCUUGUCUACACAGUUCCAUUAUUCCCGUGUGUGUUAUUCCGAUGCCAGUUCUACAGGCUGCGCCAGUUAUAUGUUAGAUCUUCACAACACCAUAUCUCAGAAGUUGUGGGGUGUUGAUGAGGCGCAGAAGAGCUCCUCUUACAGGGAACUUAAGGCUGUUUCCCUGGGUCUAGAAUCUUUUUUGCCUUUACUUAAAGGGCACACUAUUAAGUGGUAUACUGAUAAUCAGAGUGUUGCUAGAUUUGUUGAAGUAGGAAGCAUGAAGGAAGAUUUGCAAUGCCUAGCUUUGCGUAUUUUCAGUAUGUGCUUGCUCAGUUGCAUCACAUUGGAAGUUGAAUGGAUUCCGAGAUCGGCUAAUGAUAGAGCUGAUAUUUUGAGCAGAAUUGUGGAUUAUGAUGAUUGGCGGGUCAACAGGGACUAUUUCCUUUUGGCCGAAGAGAAAUGGGGUCCUCACUCUGUGGACCGGUUUGCGAAUCAUGAGAAUACUCAGUUGCCCCGUUUUAAUAGCAGGUUUUGGUGCCCUGGUACAGAGGCGGUUGAUGCCUUUUCUGUUUCUAGGGCGGGCGAGAAUAAUUGGCUCGUUCCACCUAUUUUUCUCAUCCCCAAGGUCCUUAAUCACAUGGUUGCCCUUGGCCGUCGCGUUACACUUGUUGUUCCUGCUUGGCCUUCCGCCCCAUUUUGGCCUUUAAUUUUUAGCGACGAGGGUUUGUCUCCCAUAUUCUCUGAUAUUUUCGAGAUCCCCUUAGGUACUGAUGUUUUCGUUUUGGGUAAUUAUAAAAUUCCCUUUUUGGAUCACCUAAUUUUCGUUCAGGUCUUUUGUUCUUGAGGUUUUCCUAGAAAGGCCUUAGUUAACCCCCCCCCCUUUUUUUUUUUUUCAGAUUUGUAGGGGGUUUCUCUGCAGCUUAUAGAGUUCUUACACUCAUACCACAUGGUAUCCGAGUAUUUUGGGAUGCACUUGGAUCCUUGUUUUGUGGACCACUUGGUCUUUUUUAUUACGUAGGGGCCACUUUGGCCCUUGGUGGUAAUAUUUUUCUGUGUUUUUCUUGGGACCACUUGGACCCAACCUUACCUUGUUUCACUAUGUGUUGUAUUUUUCUGAUAUAUUUUUUCUUUGGUCAUUUUUGUCAUUUUAUUUUCUCUAUUUUUUGCUUCAGAAGUUAAAGCAGCUGUCAGUCGGACGUUUGGUGUUUUACUUUGUGAGAAGUUUUUGGCUCUCUGCCUUUAA